CAGACCGGCCCCCAUCGAGAGGUAAGCCACAGUGGCCGACCUCAACAGCGACCCCCCACCCGACUGCCUUGAGAAAGACGCUUACCUGACCGUCCAGAUCGCGAGAAACCUUGUCGCGAGCGCGGCCGCUGAUGGUGGAAGCCGAGACGGAGCGACGGACGACGACGACGCGACCUUAUCUGGUGUCGGUCGACCAGCAGCCGUCCGCGGCUCCGCCCGACGCGAUGUCCCCAACCGGCAGCCGAGCGCGGAUUGCCGAAGCACCACACUCUCCUCGCUGAUUCGUGCGGCCGCCCUCCGAAGCUCCGCCCGACGCGACGCCACCACUGCUUCACGACGGCAGGUGGCGGAGCUCGUUGCGCGCCGCGCGCGUGCAGACGUCGGCGAACGGGGCUCCCGGGACGUCCGCGCUGGCCAGUCGUGUCUGGUCUAUGGAAGAAAUAGCCGAGCGACCAGAUAUUAGAUAUCCAUCUAUUUUCCUCUAGUCCCCUAUUGACCAUGAUAUUCUUAUGUCUCGUUUUUUUGAAAAGAGAUGGUGCAAUGUGACGAGGUGCCCUCCGGGUUAUUUCAAGGAUGAAAGCAUUGAUAAAAUUUUGGUGCCAAGAAUGAAGAAAAUGCCAGUAAAGAUGUUUAGAUCCAUCAGACAUACCAAGGAUUUUGAUAUGUCUCUCAACUAUGACAAAGCUUAUGAACUGCCUCCAGGCAUUCCAUCACACAAGUUUGCAGAGUAUUCUGUAUCGGGACUGACAGAUGCCAGUGAAAAGUAUGCACACCGUAAUUUAUCUGCACCCAUCAAAGCAAAUCUACAUUUUUCUUUGAGCAGAAGUGGAAUUAUCGCUCUUGAUAGAGCAGAAGCAGUAAUUGAGAUAACUGAAUGGGUUGAAGUUCCAAAGAAGAUAUUGACUCCAGAGAGUAACAUCACCAAUCAGAAUUCAUCUUCUAAAGUAGGAGUAGCUAAUAGCACGACAGAUAUUAAGGAAAAUUUGAGUUCUGGCAGUGAUAAUAAUUCCAGCACUCCCAUUAAUGGGAGUAAUGUUCAAGAAAUUAUUACAGAGAAGGUGCUAAAGAAAAGAACAUUUAGGGUUCCAUUGAAGGUUGUGGAAAAAACAACUGGUGGUGGAACAAUUCUUUCAAAGGAGUUGUAUUCUGAAGCAAAAAAUAGGUUAGAGGCACUCGAUAAGAAGGAUGCUGAGCGGAGGAAAACUGCCGAACUUAAGAAUAACCUAGAGUCAUACGUAUAUUCUAUGAAGGAGAAGGUGCAGGAUUGGUUGUACAUGGACGGUGAAGAUGCUCAAGCUAAUGAAUUCAAAGAACGCCUUGGUCAACUUAAGGCCAUUGGUGAACCGAUUCUUUUCAGAUUGAGUGAAUUAAAAGCCCGACCAGCUGCCUGUGAAAAUGCUCGAUUGUAUCUUGAUGAGCUGCAAAAGAUUGUGAACAAGUGGGAGACAAAUAAACAAUGGCUCCCCAAAAAGAGAGUAGAUGAGGUUGUGAGUCAAGCAGAGAAAGUGAAAGCUUGGCUGGAGGAGAAGGAAAACCUGCAGAAAAAUACCCCUGUCUAUAGCUCACCAGUUUUCACAUCUGAACAAGUUUAUGAGAAAGUUCUGGACUUACAAGAUAAGGUCUCAAGUGUCAACAGAAUUCCAAAACCAAAACCCAAGGCCGAGAAGAAAAUAGCAGAGGAAGAGCCUGCUAGCAAGGGGAAAACCACAUCUUCGGAAUCUGCACCCAACGAGGGUGAGUACACCGAAACGUCUCAGGAACCUAAGGCUCGAGAAGGGGAUCAUUCAGCAUCAGCCAACAGUAGUGAUUUAGAUCCUGAAUCUCACGACGAGUUGUGAGUAGCAGAAUCCAUAGAAACAGGUAGGAAAGAUUACGCAUAUAUAGUACACAAGAAGGCAGUUUGAGGAUAAAUUUUGGUUGCUCAAAUUUCCCCAAUUUUUAUUUGACGACCAAAAGAUGAGGCUAUGUAGUAGGGUGCCGAGGAAUACUAGAUGCUGUAGGGCCGAAAUGAUUUUAUCGGUAGUUUCUGAUUGCUCAUUGCUGUAAGGCAGCUUUAUAUUGGUGUAAGUUACUCGCCUCAAAGGCGUUAUUCAGGAUCUAGAAACGCUUUGUUGUGCUGAACUCAUUUCAUUUUUUUGACGAGUAACGCUAUAUAGAUUCUACGCCAAGAGUAUUGUUGUAAUGAAUUCAUUUGAUUUUUUAAACGAGAAAUUCUAUAUAGAUUUUACAUCAA